CAUGUGCAAGACAAUGAGAAAAUAUUUAUAUGCCAGGACCAGAUGACGUUUCGUAUGUGCGCAGCUCCUGCCGGGAUGUCAAGAGAGAGCCGUCCUGCUCAUUCGAUACAAGUGUGGGUUGGCGAAGGAAGAAAAAGGGGUGGCAGAAAAUGCGUGGAAGUUAUAAUCUUCCGCUGUGCACACGGUGUUCUUCACUCAUCACUCGACUUCGAAGGCGGUCGAAACUUCCGGUUCACCUAUUGGAAUAGAUUAAACAAACAAAAAAACGUGUUACAAGUAUCAAACAUGCCGAUUGAAUUGGCUCAACAUCGCGAGAACACAAGCCAUUUCUCUACUGGGGACUUACCGGACAAAUUCCAGUCGAUCUUUGAGCCGUGGGGCGACUACGUCUUCGGAAUCGUCAUGAUUGUUAUUGGUAUUGCAUCGCUAUUGGGUAACGGAUUGGCCGUUCAUGUAUUCCGUCGCAAAGGCACCGACAUCAACGUGCCCGAAGUCUUGCUACACAACAUUGCAGUCGUCGACCUCUUUCUCGGUAUAGCAUCUUAUCCAGCUACCAUAGUGGCAGCCUUCUCGCACCGAUGGCUGUUUGGGCAAACAGGAUGUACUAUGUACGCAUUCACUUGCUACUUCCUCGGUUUGGCAACUAUAUUGUCACUGACUGCGCUGGCUGUAUUCCGCUUUAUAAAGACGUGCUUCCCUCAGCGAGCUCAGUGGAUAACUGUACCAAGAACCCGACUAGUCAUCUUCCUCAUCUACGUCUAUAGCAUGGGCUGGGCAAUGAUGCCUUUCUUCGGUUUAGGAGGCUACGAUGUCGAACCGUUUGGUAUCUCCUGCACAUUGGCAUGGGUUCAUACGGAUCAAAAUGACAAGUAUUACAUCUUGGCUGCCAGCAUUUUCUGCGUGCUUCUACCUUCAUUCGUCAUCAUCGUUAGCCAUGUGGCCAUCUUGUUUAAAAUUCGCCUAGCCAGCCAAAUGUUUUCAAGCAAAUCGGCAGGCAAGCAGAGCAGCAAAGCGGAAAUUCAAUUCAUUCGGGUCUCAUUUGGUGUCUGCUUCGGUUUCCUUAUUGCCUGGUUACCAUAUGCUUGCAUCUCGCUCUGGUCCACCUUUGGUGACGUUUCUGAUAUACCUCUAUGGAUAACACCGAUUCCUGUUUUACUAGCCAAAUCAUCGAUCGCCUAUAACCCAGUCAUAUACGUGCUGUUGACGCGCCGCUACAGGGUUGAUUUUGCUAAAGCAUUGCGGGAGCUGCUACAUUUCUCACUCGACAAGAAAAAUCGAAACAUGACUAACUCGGGACCAACUGAUCAGGUUGAAAUGGGAAUCCUUGCAAACGGCGAUAUAAAUACGAGAGGUGAAUCAACUGCCACAGCAGCCGAGAUUGUUGGUGGGACCGAAAACAGCGUCGAAGAAGAAAUUGUCCGAGUUUAAUGAUAACUCCUUUCUUUUCUGUUCCAUAUGAAAGAAAAAAAAAAUUAGGACAAUAUCCCUAACCAUAUCCGUUUUAAUCAAUCUCUCUAAGACGAGGUGAUUUUUAAUUCAUUUUGAUGUGAUUCAAUGGCGGUUUAAGAGGUCCACGAAUAAAACCUCCGUACCUUGAUAUUCUUACGUGUGCUCAUCCCAUCCUGUAAUAAACAGAUGACCUGAAACCUUUUACCAUUCCUGAAAAAAAAUUAUAGAAUCAUUGCUCAUUGUGUUUUACGUGGAAUGUUAGAGAUCUUGUACCGCGUCCAUCCUGCAAGUGACCAUGUGAGACGUAACGAUGCACAGCACGUUUUGUGCAAGUUCCUGUUCACCACUUUCUUUUUCCCUUUUUUUUUUUUUUUAUUCGGCGUUUCAAUGAUAUUCAAGACACUGUUAUCACUGUUCAAUUUUCCAUGAAUGUUUUACAUCGUUCGGAAGAGUAUUCGCGGAAGUGUACGCCUGCACCAAUUUUAUUGUUGAACUGCCCUUGUAUAUGUGCAGCCGUAGUUUGCUUCGUGUGUAUCGUCAAUAUUCCAUUUUGACAUAUUUUAAUAGAUUAAAAAGGUAAUGUUUGCCUGUUGACAGACUUCUUUUCGUAUUUACGGAGAACGCUUCAUGAAUGCAAGAGAGCUGAUAGAAUAAAGAAAAGAAAUUG